AAAGGCUGAAUUUAGCAGUCUAAUAAAUGAUAUGUAACCAAUGUGGAUGUGGGCUGUUGGGUACAGUUUGACCCAGAUGGGAGACCAAGAAAGUUGCAAUCAAGAUCUUUUUUUUUUCUUUUUUUUUAAUAAUGAAAUUCCUUUCUUCAGAAUUGUCCAAAAUUCAUGCUGAAACCAGCUUCAACCUAGAUGCAAAAUACAAUUUAUUUUAAUAUUUAAAUUAAAAAAAUAAUAAUAUUUAGAACAUGAGAAAAUGAGUGCUGCCCAAGACAACUGUCAUUAAUUAGAAAUAUCUGAAUGCUGACUUCCACGAGAUGCGAUAUAGAUAUAUUUUAAACAUCAGAAUAACGGAUAUGACAGACAGGUAAACAAACAGAUCAAUCACUCCACCACUUUACAACACACUUUCAAAGGAGAAAGGAAGAGACGGGUGGGUACAAAUAGUCUCGACUGUGCUUUUCACGGACAGCAAAUGGACAGUUUUCUUGUCACAACAAUAUUUUUCGCGCUUCAUUUUACAGAUGUACUCUACCUUUAUUGCUACUUUAAUCCAGGGAGAGGCUGUUACGUUUACAAAUGGGUUGAGCUUUUCUAGUUUUCACAGAAGAGAGUUGUUUGUCACAAACAGGACGGCACAGAUGCGUAGGUCUAUGCCUGACCGCAAACAUGCACGAUGCGCCCUGCGCUUCCGUCUAUUUGCCCUGAAUUAAAUUCAUUUUGAGAGUGGAUUUGUGUGCACAUCUUGUUUACCCUUCAUUUACUUGUGUUUAUUACAUUCUACUGAAAUCUUGAUCAUCUUGGUGUCAUGAUGGUACAGAAGAGAGGAGGAGAACGUGAAAGGCAUUAUGCAUGUGUGUGUAGGCAAAAGUGUUCUUCCACCUGAUGAUGAGGGGCCAAUUUUCACGAGCGGCGUGCUCACUACAGCAUUACAUCACUCAGCAUCCCCCAGUCCCGAGGUGUCCAAUCGAGCACUAGGUGGCAUCCUAGAUGAGUAAGGAUCCGCGUCUCUGUUUGUGCUCCGUUCAGUAGAGACAUCCAGUCAGCGGCGUCGGGUGUCUCAGGGAACAGUCCCGCGCUCGCUCCCUGUGCGGGGACGCUUGCAAACACAAUGCGCAGGUGACAAGAACCCGCUUCCAGGAGUUCGUCUCUGACUUGUGCCGGCUCGAGGACUAGAACAGCACUGCCUUUACCGUCCGGAGCGCCGCGGGAGGAUGCACUGCCUCUCUGGCGUCACCAUCACCCCACAACUCCAUGGCUACCACAUUAGGGGUACUCUGGAGAAACAGGUGUCGGGGAAGUGACGUCACGAGCCUCGGAAACCGGAGGUGUGCGCUUUGGAGAGCAAGAUGGCAGCGAAAUCCGACGGUCGGGGGGUCGUCACCGGUUUCGCCCAGCUGCACAACCUGGACGAGACGGUGGGGAGCUGCGAGGACGACCCGCGGCAGGGCAGCUCCUUCCACAUCUGCCACUGCUGCAACACCUCGUCGUGCUACUGGGGCUGCCGGAGCGCCUGUCUGCGUUACCUCCUGGGCAAGGGGAGAGACGUCAGGCGGCCACCUCACGAGGAGCGCCUGUGGUUGGACUGCCUGUGGAUCGUCCUCGCGCUCCUCGUCUUCUUCUGGGACGUGGGCACUGACUUAUGGCUCGCGCUCGACUACUAUGUCAAGCAGGACUACCUCUGGUUCGGACUCACACUGUUCUUCGUGCUGGUGCCGUCGGUGCUGGUCCAGAUCUUGAGCUUCAGGUGGUUCGUGCAGGAUUACACGGGGGGCGGUCUGGCCUCCGUGGAGGGUCUCAGCCGCAGCCGGAGAGCCACGGCGGGCACGAGCGCAGGGGUGUACGGCAGGGCCAGAUGCUGCCGCGCAUCAGUGUGGGUCUGGCAGACGCUCAUACACAUCCUCCAGAUGGGACAAGUGUGGAGGUACAUCAGAACAAUGUAUCUUGGCAUCCAGAGCCGCAGACAAAAGGAGAACCAGCGACGAUUCUACUGGGCCAUGAUGUAUGAGUAUGCUGAUGUCAACAUGCUCCGUCUACUGGAGACAUUUCUGGAAAGCGCACCACAGCUGGUUCUCCAGCUCUGCAUCAUGAUUCAGAAGAACCGGGCCGAAACUCUGCAGUGUGUGUCAGCGAUUGCGUCUCUUCUCUCUCUUUCCUGGGUUCUGGCCUCGUACCACAAGCUUCUGCGCGAUUCUCGUGAUGACCAAAAGAGCAUGAGCUACAGGGGAGCAGUGGUGCAUCUUCUAUGGCGUUUCUUCACCAUUUCUUCUCGGGCGUUAUCUUUCGCCCUCUUUGCCUCAGUUUUCCACAUCUACUUUGGCAUUUUUGUGGUGCUGCACUGGUGUGCCAUGGCCUUCUGGGUAAUUCACGGAGGCACCGACUUCUGUAUGUCCAAGUGGGAGGAGGUGCUAUUCAACAUGUUGGUAGGCGUAGUCUACGUCUUCUGCUGGUUUAACGUCAAGGAGGGACGGACCCGAUACCGCAUGGUGGUUUAUUAUUUGCUGGUGCUAGUGGAAAAUACCAUCCUUACAGCUCUGUGGUACACCUACAGAGACCCGGUCACUACCGACUCCUACGCUGCAUCCGCCCUCUGCGGCGUCUUCCUGUGCUUUGCUUCCGGAGUGGCCUGCAUGGUUCUUUACUACGGGGUCCUGCAUCCUAUGGGGCCCCGGAUGAGGGUGCUGGCCAGUUCCUGCUGUGCUGAGCUGCUUUGGGGCCUCCCUUUACCACCUGAGGCUGAGCCCAUGGCUCCCACUCCAGGGCAUCGGGGCUCCCAAGCCACCCCGACCAGGGGUAUGGCUUCAGGGGACUACGGCGAGCCGGAGGAGGCUGCCACAGACACUUGUCUACCGGUGUUCCAGGUGCGGUCCACAGAACCCACAGAUGCGAUGGGUCGGCCAAUCCCCCCCGAGGGGCCCCUCAUCAAGAUCGACAUGCCCAGGAAGCGCUACCCAGCCUGGGAUGCUCACUUUGUAGACCGACGUUUGCGGCGAACCAUAAACAUCCUCCAGUACAUCAGCCCCAACGCGGUGGGCAUCAGGUACAGGGAUGGACCCCUCCUUUACGAGUUGCUUCAGUACGAGUCCUCCCUGUGAAGGCAUGCAAUGCUGUUCUUUCUCUAAUUUCAUGCCCUCUCUGGUUCUCCACUUCCCUUGGUGCUUUUUUCUUCAGAGUUUUUAUUUAGUUGUACUCUCAAGCUAUAAGAGUUCAUCUAAAAGAGUCUAAACAGAGAAUAUUCAACAUAUAUUUUGACUAACACAGUGUAAAGUUGGAGAACAAAUAGUUCGAAAUACAACAUUCCCUAGUUUGGGUUACUAUGGUGUGAAUGUUCAGCUAAUGUGUAUGUUUGAUGGUGUUUGUGGCCCUGUUGCCUCUGUCAAGUGCAUGAUGGGAAUGAUGGAGGAACAUAUUCUUUAGCAUCCUCAUUCUGAUUUCGCUUUUACCAUUUUGUGCCUACGUUUUUCCCAAACAGUUGUGGUGACGACUGAUCUUCAAGAUGGCAAGUGAGUCAAUAUCAGCUAGACACUAAAAAGCACAUUUGAUUUUCAGAAAAAGCACAUGAUGCCCCACUCAUUUUCUCUUGUGAUAACGGGGAAAAGACUCAAAUUGCGCCAAAAAGAUACAAUCGCUUUUUUCAAGCAAAAUGCAAUGAUGUCAUUGGUGUAAAAUUUUGGUGUUGGCCUACCAUAUAACACUGCCGCCGCAAUUUUGAUCCUCAAGGUCCUUAAUAUUUAUCUUAAAAUGUCUUUUCCUACUGAAUCUCACUAGUGAUGUGAUAUCUACAGCUCUGUAAUCUGAGGGAGCUGAAUAUAUGAUUUUUUUACCAUCUAUAAAAUGUGAAAAUGCACUUUAAGACCACAAGAUUGAAUGAAUGGGACAUGUUUUCUUACACUACUGUAUUCACUAUUGUUCAAAAGUUUGGGCUUAGUAUGAUUUUUUUUUUUUAAGUGAAAAGGUUAAAAAAAAUAUUUAUCAAGACCGACAAUAAACAGUAACUUUUCUAUUUUUUUACAUUUUUAUUCACCCAUUCAUCUAUUCUUCAAUAUCCUAAAAUUUGUUAUCAAGGUUUCCACACAAACAUGUAAGUAGCAUAAAUGUUUUCGACAUUGAUAAUAAUAAGAAAUGUUUCUUGAGUACCAAUUACAGCAUAUUAGAAUGAUUUCUGAAGGAUCAUGUGACACUAAAGACUGGAGUAAUGGCUGCUAUAUAAUGGCAAAUAUUAUAUUAAAAUAGAACAGUUCUUUGUUAUCUGUAUUAAAUUGCAAUGAUAUUUCACAUUAUUACCAUUUAUACUGUAUUUUUCAUCAAAUAAAUGUAGCUUCAUUGAUCUAAAGAUAUAAUCUUACCAAACCCAAACUUUUGACAGUAGUGCAUUAUUUUUUUUUAUUACAUAUGGUCCACUGAUAUAUAUAUAUAUGUGUGUGUGUGUGUGUGUGUAUAAAUAGACACAUAAAACAAAAUACCAAUACUCUGUUAAACAAAUAUUUUUUAAAGUGCUUUUUGUGAUUUAACAAGUAUGUAAAUGUAUUGGUUUUAUUCAAGAAAAAAAUAUUAAUUAAUAUGUCUAAACUAACCUCAAUAAAAUAUGUUACAUUGGCAAAGUUAUUUUUAAGGUUUAGAUUGUGGGUUAGAAAACAAAUCUUUAAGGUAACAAUUGCUUGUUACCAUUUUUACCGUGUAAUAAUGAACAUAAAUGUUUGCAGGGUGUGGUGCUUAACUCUAACCUUUAGUAAUCCUCCAUCAUUCCCUGUACAAAAUUGCAUUUUUCUAUCCACCUAAACCAUUUCUUCAGAAAAAGGCUAACAGAUUUUCGAAAGGUGAAAGACGUGUAAAUGGUAUACCAUUCACAUUCAAAAUGUACUAUAAUAAUUUUUUAUAAAACAAAAAGGUCCUUUAUUUGAAUUGUGCAAUAUUUUUUUUUAAAUGUACUAUGAAAUCAUUGGAGAAAAAGGUGUUGCUUCUGCCUGAAAUUAGCUAAGUUUAUACACCAUCAACAAAUGCAUGCUGAGGUUGUGCAUAUUGAGGAUUGACUGGGUUGCCAGGUGCCAACCAACAAUCGAAUUUGUUAGAUAUUUUAAUUAAAAGUCCCAUUUUAUAUGUUUGUUUUUUUCUCAUUAUCCUAUAUAUGGUGCACUUAAAACAGAACAAACCUGAGGGUUUCCUCUACAAAAAGCCAAUCCUGAAGUAAUUUUCCCCAGAUUUCAUCAAUUCAAUUGAGAAUGAAUGAAUUGCUCUGUGAAGGCUGAGGUCAUUUUUGUUACUAAAAACAACGCUUUGUUUAGCAUCCAGGUGAGAUAAGUGCAGACAUUAACAUGGGAUGCCAACUUUCACCGCAUGGGCUGCUACAAACUCCAUUUGUGCCUGCUGAAAUUUUCCAAGCAGACUUCAGAUUGGUUGUAGUGGAUGAGGUGGAGGGAUUUUUUUGCCAGGGAUGGAAAAGAGAAUGAGGAUAGACAAUAGCUAUCAGUGAGUGUGUGCAUUCUGUGUAUGUAUGCGUGACUUUGGUUUGUAGGUCUUACCUCUUCAGCUCCAUCCUUGGUUGCUGCUCUGACCCCUCCACCCCUCUCAUGCGAGUGUUAUCUGGGAUAUUCGGAUGCAAAGACUAUGUUUCAAGAUAACAACUUGGAUUUAUACCCUGGCCAAGGGGAAUGGGGGACGGGCAGGCGAUUUCAUGCAAUUCUUAUUCCAAAACAUCAAUAUUCCGUAACCCUCACAAUAUCAGGUUUUCCGUUUAAGCUACAGAAAGUUCAGUUUCCUGUUCCUUGUUCCCUACCAGUGCCAAAAAAAGUCACUGAGAUUCCACUUCUGUAGGUGCUUGGCACAUUGAUGCACUGUUGUUUGCUGGGAUAUCACCAAGCCUGUUACAUAACGAUGUGUACGACUACUGCUCAUUUUGACGGUUGCGUGACUCAGCUGCCUGGCAUCCCAUGAUACGUUCAUAGUCCAGUUACAGAAUUGGUAACUAAUAACGCACUUGAGGUAAGACAGUCCAGGUGAUAUUUUCAACUACACUGUGAUAUUUUCUUCUAUUAUUCCACUUGCAUGAUGUGUAGUGACCAACAUCGCCACGUUUGUUCAGAUGUCAGGAUUGGCAACAGAUCCAACCCUGUACAGUACGCAUAUAAUUCCAAAUUGGUUUGUUUUAGAUUAUUGCCUUACCAGUCAAAGAAGUUACACAUCAGAUUAAUUGAUAUUGAAGUAAUGCCACCAUUUGUACACGUUGGGAGUGGGAUGGCUAAGUGGGACCAGUCUCUAAUAUCUGAUUCCUCUUGUGGUGCCUUGUCUUUAUGGGUGCUUCUGUGUGGCCAUGGCAGCCAGUGCAGCAAACAACAAUGCCAGUGUCUCUGUCUCCAUUCACAUUUCACUCAGUAUUGUAACAAGCCAGUCAAUUAUGCCCUGCAUGCACACAGGAAGUCCUCUCCAGGUAAAUCUUUGCAAAAUAAAAUUAUCUGUUUAUUUCGGUCACACUUUA